UGAUUUCAACUGUCAACUGUCAAAUUUUGUUUUAUUUUCUUUUUUUAUUUCGGCUUUUCAGAGGACAAACACAACAGACAAUUUAAAUGUCGAAUUCCAAUCUAGGUGGAACGCGUAUCAAUUCAUUUAAUGAAAAUUUCCUGAACGAAUGUGACCAGGACGCAAAUUCUGUACUUACAGAACUCGACAAAGGUCUUCGUUCAACAAAAAUCGGAGAACAAUGUGAAGCAAUUGUACGGUUCCCGAAACUGUUCGAGAAAUAUCCGUUUCCCAUUCUGAUCAACUCUUCAUUCUUAAAAUUAGCAGAGUUUUUCCGCUACGGAUCCAACCUCAUUCGACUAUGGAUCUUGCGCGUCUGUCAGCAAAGUGAAAAACAUUUGGAGAAGAUCUUGAACGUCGACGAAUUUGUCAAACGAAUCUUCACUGUGAUCCAUACCAAUGAUCCGAUUGCCAGAGCGCUUGCAUUGAGAACAUUGGGUGCUGUAGCUGGUGUUAUUCCAGAAAAACAACAAGUUCACCAUGCCAUUCGAAGAGCAUUGGACAGUCACGAUACUGUUGAGGUCGAAGCUGCUAUCCACUCUAGUGUAUUAUUUGCUGCUCAGUCAAAAACGUUUGCCAUUAGUAUGUGCUCAAAGGUGGCAUCGAUGAUCGAAUCUCUCCAAACGCCAAUCAGUAUGAAACUUCAACUUAUUCCAGUCUUGCGACACAUGCAUCACGAUGGAAAUACUGCCGCUCUGGUCAAAACGUUGUGCAUCAAUUUGCUGCCGAAAUAUCCAUCCGAAAAUUUUGUCGUCGUAAUUUUGGAUUCGCUAACACAACUUUCGUGCGCAACGUUGAUUGAUAUUCCGGAUCAAGUUAAUUUGUUGCUUACAUUUUUACAAGAUCCCCGGAAACGUGUUCGGUAUCAAAUCCUGCGGUCCAUGUUGUCGUUGGCACAGAAAGGUGCUCAUUUAUGGCCGAAAGGAGCUCUACGAAAUUUGAUUUCUAAAGCGAUGACGUGCAAUGAUCUGGGCAAUGAACAGAGUCUUGUCUUAUCCGUGGUGCUUACACUGACCGAUUGUCCCGUUACAUGCAACGCCCUGCUCAACGAAGAACAGUCACUUCUGGUGGAAUUAUGCUCCAAUUGUUUGGUGUUGGAACAUCACACUGCUGCUAGUCAAGCAUUGGGCAUACUAACGAGCCUCGUUUCGUAUUGCUACACUGAAAAAAUUAGUCCGCCGCCCGAGUACAUGGAACAAAUCAAUUUACAUUUGGAAAGUCUAAUUUACUCGUCACUGAUGAACGAGAAACUGGUCAAUGAACUGAGACAGUAUUUGAAAUGCGGAAUAAGAUUGUCGGAGAAAAAUUUGGAAUUUGCCGAAGAAUUCGUCGAAGUGAUUGGGGGAAUAUUGACCGACGAUUUUGUUUAUCCGACCAAACAUUCGAUUCUAAUGUGCGAAACGCUCGGUGCAUUAUGCUCUCAAUUUUGCAACAACAAAUACUCGGUAGCCACUGCAAAUACAUCGUCCGAUAUGGCAAUGAAUGUCGAUGGACCGAACCAUCCGUUUCAAGAAUUGCUACCGAAUUUACUGCGUAAACUUGAAGCAAUAGUUGACAAUAACUUUGACAAAGACCAAGUCCGGUUCGUUGAAAUUCUGUCGGCCGUUUGCUUGCAAUCGAUGCUCGGCCAUUUCAUGCCACAAAAUGUAAUUGAUGUGUUCGACAAAGUGUCUCUCGUAACUAGCUACUGGACACAAUAUCGCAUCGCUCGAUCCGCUUCAAGAUAUGGCCAGCACUACUUCGCAUCCAGAUUAUAUCACAAACUGGCCACCCAUGUGUCGGUAGAGAAAUUGCACUUUUUCCUCUCAGCCUUGGCACAAAUUUCGAAAGCGGAAUGCAUUCUGAUACACGGAUUUGAAUAUGAAACGCUGCUAUUGAAUUACCCAGCCAUCGAUCCCAAUCUGCAAUCAGUAUCCCCCAUCCCACCGUUGAUAAUAUCCGAACGUUUAGAAAGAGCGGUCGAAUUGUACUGGAAAGCACUGGCCACACUGAAAGCGAGCUCAUCCCCGUCGCAUCCAUUCACAUUUCAAUCGGAAUUUGUUCGUCUAAGAGCUACGUUCUUGGAGGCACUGUUCAAUUUGGUAAUCAUAAAAAAUACGCAAAGCAUUACACCACCACCGGCUAUCGCACAGACAUUGGCACAAAAAGAUCAAUUGCAAAAAUUUGGCCAUGUGACCAAUCAAUUGAGGAACGCUGUUAAGUCGAUCAAAGCUUGUGAGGACAUGUAUGGGAAAUUGUAUAAGUCAGCAUUCGAUGCCGAUCCAUGUACACUUGAGUAUCUGGAAAUAACACAACACAUUUGCGGAAUUCUUGGCCAGUCCAUUGAAACGAUCUGCUUUGUUCAACCAUCCGAUCCGCCUAACAUUCCGAUCGAAGGAUCUUAUCCCGAAACGAAGUAUCUCAUCAAUUGUUGCAAGAAAGUGAAAAAAGAGCUGUCCUAUUUGCCGGUUGAACAGGGAAACAUGAAAACCAUUACCAACAAGCACACAGACGUCAUCAUGAAUCAAAUUGAGAUCAUAAUGCAGUCACCCGUUUGCAUGCCAAGAUUCUUUUUCCAAGUGCUACAAAACACUUCCAUCAAACUGUCGAUUAGUCCACAACCUCGUGCUGCUGGCGAUCCCGUCGUUGUUCAACCGGGCAGUAGUUUAGUCGUUAAAGUCGAAGGUGUUAUUCAGCAUUACGGUCGAAUACCGAGUCUCUUCCGUUCGAUUGAAGCUAUCCAGUUGACCUUGACGUCACAGUUAAUAACACCAAAAAAUACUGAUUUUAAAUCAGCAAACGACACAAUCACCCUAACACAAACGGUUAAACCGCAUCGAGAUUUUUUGACCGGUAGCUUUUUGCUGCCGCUGACGAAUAUGCAAAUGACUGGACAAUUCGGUGCGCCGGCACCAGUCGGUGGACAAUGGCAGGUCACAUUGGAAGCAUGUGGAGUUAUCGAUGGAAAUAGUCAAUUGUGGACGACUGGUCCAAAGAGCACGUUAUUGAUUCGAGUACCUGACGAUCCAUCAAAACAGUCGAGCAGUAGUGGUCCAAUUAGACGCUUCUAAGAGGAAAUUAUUUUUUAUAUUGGAAAGAUGAUUGAAUUAUGAAAUACAGAGAUCGAUGAAUGAAU